AAUCUUCAUACAUUGACAGAUCUGCAUCUGUAGAUAAUAGUAAACAUCUCAAUAUUAAAUCAUUGAUUGAGAACUUGAAGAAUAUGAUAAUAAAGAAAUUAUCUGUGUUAUAUAUAACUAAGUCUCUUAUAUCUCUCUCUAUCUCUUCUACUAUUUCUUUCUCUGCUACUCUCUUCUCUAUUUCUUUCUCUAUCACUUCUUCUCAAUCUUCUACACUUGUUUCUGUGUCUGGUUCUCUCACUCUCAUUAUCUCUGUUUUUAUAAUCUCUACUUCUACUACUUCUGCUUUCAUCACUGUCUUUAUUACUAGCUCCUUCUGUUUUAAGAAGAUGUUGCAUAGACUUGAUGAAUUAUAUUUCUCAAGAAUCACUCUCUCUUUUAACAGUAUUAAGAUUAUAA